GUGUGUGUGUGCGCGCGCUAACAAUACUAUUCUAAAUUACGAUUUGUUUAUUAUUUCUUUUAGUUUGUUCUCAGUUCGCGAGAUGCCGUGUAACCCGAGCCGGGUGCGCGCGCGGGAGCGGGGGGACGUGCUGGGGCGCGCGGAGUUCCUGUCCCUGCACGCGCCACAGCAGCGUCAUGGCGGCGCGCCGCGCAGACCGACCUGCACCAGACCGCGCCACGAGCACGCGCCGCAGCCGCCCGUGGACGGCGUGAAGGAGCGCGCGGAGGCGCCGCGCUGGCCGGAGGAGGACUGCAUGCGGCUGAACCCGUCUCUCAGGGGCAUCGCGGUCAGCGCGCUCCGGGCCGCAGACAUCCACCUGUCCAAGCGCCUCGGCGUGUGCGCGCGCGCGUCCUCGUCGUGGGGCAGCGCGCGCUCCGUCGUCGCCUUGCUCGCCUUCACCGGGCACGCGCUCACGUGGAUCGGCGGCACGCUGGUGUGUCUGAGCCGCAGCAGCACCGAGGCGGGACAGGAGGUGCUGAUCAACCUGCUGCUGGCGCUUGUCCUCGACAUCCUGACAGUAGCUGGAGUGCAGAAACUGGUAAAGCGCAGAGGACCAUGGGAAAUGAACCCGGGCUUCCUGGACUUUGUGGCCAUGGAUGUGUACUCGUUUCCUGCAGCCCAUGCCAGCAGGGCGGCGAUGGUGUCUCGGUUCCUGCUAUCCCACCUGGUCCUGGCCGUGCCGCUCAGGGUUCUGCUGGUCCUGUGGGCCUUUCUGGUCGGACUUUCCCGGGUUCUGCUCGGGCAGCACCAUGUGACUGACAUGGCGUGCGGCUUUGCGCUCGGUUCACUCAAUUUCAACCUGAUGGAGAUGGUGUGGCUGCCGUCCGGUGCCUGCCAGACACUGCUCUCAAUAUGGACGUUCAGCUGGAUCCCCUUCCGCUAAAACACACACACACACACACACGUUAGCAUUUAGUUUUUAAUGACUUCUUUACUUGUCUUUAUUGGUUAGCAGUGUGUUAAUCUCAGUGUGAUCAUCAUUUGGUUUAGUGUUUUGGAUUUCUAGUGAAUCUCGAUGUCUGUUUUCAAAGAGAUCACUGGUACAUGUGAUAUAACAUUGUCAUAUAUUAUCACAUGUAGUCAGUUCUAAUCUGAUUGAUGUAUUAAUCAAGAGUUUUAUUUAGGAAUUGGGUAAACAGGAGCUGAAACGUGACCUACUUAUUACAUUUACAUUUACAGCAUUUGGCAGACCCUCUUAUCCAGGGACAACCUGCUGGUCGUGAGAUUUUAACCUGGAACCUUCUGAACCAUAGUCCAAUGCCUUAACCACUGAGCGACCCCUGACCCCUUAUAAUUAAGAUGAUUUGCAAAAGAGGUGCUGCACAAACAAACACCGUAAAGCGAAGAUAGCUAAGUGUGUCCGACAACAUAUAGGCAACUCCUCAGUAAGUAUAUGACAUAGCAUUAGCUAGCUAUUGGAGUGUAGGCUAAUCAGGUUUGUAAAAUCAGGCAUGUUCAUCACAUAGCAAGAUAAUCUUGUUGCUAAGUCUUGCUAAAUAAGUGAUGCAAAUUUUUAAAAAUCUGGUAACUUUAACCGCCUUCUGUUGCCUCGAAAUUGUGUCUGACUCGAUGGUAUUCUGUAUGAAUGAUUGAUUAUGAAUCUUUUUGCUUCAGAUGACAUCAUUACGAUCACACACAGCUCCGCCUUCACAGUGUAAGGCAGGGGUUCAGGAGCACAGAAAGAUUGCUGGUGUGUGU